AUGAUUGAUUCAGUGUUAAAAUUUCUUCAACAGUACCAUAUAACUAUACCCUUGCUGAUUUGUUUGAUUCUUCUUAUUAUAGUCCUGUUUAUUAUCUAUUCGCCACCACGAUGCCUCAUUGGUUUUCUUUCGAAACUAUACCCCGAUGUUCUGUUUUCGGUUGAUUUACCGUCCAAUUUACGAUACGUUGCAUUGACGAUCGAUGAUUUUCCGAAUCUGCAUGACCUUUCCAUCAGUUUCCGAAUACUCGAAAUCCUCCGUUCGUAUAGUGCUCGAUGUACGUUUUUCACUAUCGGAUCGCAUAUUGAACAAUAUGAAGAUUCGCCGGAGAUACGAACUUUAUUCGAACGUGUCAUCGCCGAUGGUCAUGAAGUGAGUAAUCAUGGCUGGCGUGAUGAAAAAGCAGUGCAUCUGUCCCAAGUGGAACUUGAACAGCAAAUAAUUGAUACUCAAGAGCUAAUAAAUCACUACACCAUCUCGACAAACAGAUGGUAUCGACCGGGUUCCGGAUUUUUUAACCGAACAAUGAUUCAGCUUUGUCAUCGACUCGGCUAUCGAUUAGUUCUGGGCUCAAUCUAUCCACAUGAUCCACAAAUACCACGGGCGCACUUAAAUUCAUGUUUUAUCGAACGUAAACUAUAUCCCGGUGCUAUUGUGAUUCUACACGAUCGAUAUGCAACAAUCGAAACAUUGAAAAGACUUUUGCCAAAGAUACAAAAACGAAAUUAUCAUGUUGUAACCUUGACACAACUGAUGGCAUUAAAAACGCAUGAAUAA